ACUUGCGUUAGCAGCAGGGAUCGAAGUCGUUGAUGCUUGCAGCUAUUACAGCAUAAUCAUUUUGUAUGUACCAAGAUCUAUAUAAAGGUAAGUUAGAUUGUCUAUAGGAAUAUCAAGUCCAAAAACCAUUACGGCACCAUCGCAUCAAAUCUAUGCAUCAGCUGAAAUGCUUUUCAAAAUUGCAGAAACAUCUCCCACAGCACUAGGACAUACUUACAAGCAUGAGAAGAGGUACCGAAAAGUACCACAGAUGUCGCAUAAUCCUGUUUCGAAUGAACAUUGUUCUAUAUAUGUGACUAAUUUGACUUCUGAUCAUAGACAUCGUUGACCUCGCAGUGGAUACCGUUAAGUUGUAGCGUCGCUAGAGAAAACAAAAACUGCAAAAUCUAUUGAGUAAAUACUAAGUGAGUAUGUCACAACUAGCAGCCACUAUUGAGUCAACGCACAGCACAAUGCCCGUUGAAAAUCAGACAGAUGCUCUUGCCAUCUCAGAAAAACGAUUCUGCUAAAAGUUUAUUAAAGGAUUCAAGUGCACGAUGCACUAGCAUUCGCUGUGCUAUUCUGUUUAUGAUUUUUUCACUUCUCAAUAUUCUCAAUCAAGAUGCGAUCAUUAUUUUCGUUUGUUCUGACCAUAGCUUUCAUCGUUGAAUCCGUUCACGGUAACGACUGUUCUAAAUUUUCACUAAUGAAGCUUGCAUUUAGCAAGAACCUUGCUGGUUGUACAUCUGAUACUGGUUUGAGCUUAUCGACUAUUUCGGCUCUAACGACGGAUCAGAUCAAGGAGAUUUGUAAUAGCUCUUGUUGUAUGGCAUUUAUGGAUGACAUAGCAUCAGCAAACCUUGGUGAUUGCACUAUUCCAGGAAAGAACGUCUCAGUGCAGAGUGACAUCCUUGAUCAGGUGGCGAUAUUGUGUCGCGAUAACAACUAAGCAAGAUGAUAAAGAUAUAUGCGCUUGAAAUUAUUCGGUGUUUUUAGAUAAGAAAAGGAAGUUCUUUCACUUGAUGUUGGAAGCCUUUCAAUUUUCGCAUUAACUUAUCAAUAUAACUUUGAAAGAUACUUUUUUAAAU